AUGGGCUUCGCAUUAAAAUUCCUCCAGUGGUUCAUCCGCGGCGUCCAGCUAGGCUGCUCCGUCCUCAUCCUCGCAAUCUUCUCCUACUUCCUCGCGACCCUCCACAACCACUCUCUCCCGAUAUCGAACUCCAUCCGCGCAGUUGAGGGCAUCUCGGGCGCCGCGACCCUCUACACCCUCGUCGGCCUCCUCCUGCUCUGCUGCCUCGCGGGGCUUGCCUUUACCUCCUUCAUCGCCAUCGUCCUCGACGUCGCCUUCAUCGGCGCCUUCAUCUACGUCGCCGUCGCCAACAAGGGCGGCGCCGGAACCUGCUCCGGCACCGUCAGCACCCCCUUCGGCGACGGCCCCGCCGACGGCGAGCCGACCAACACGGGAAGUGACGGCUGGACUCACCUACCCAGUCUGCGCACGGCUUGUAAGCUGCAGACUGCCUGCUUUGCAGUCUCCAUUGUCGCAAUUUUCUUCUUCAUCUUCUCCAUCCUCGUCGAAGUCGCCCUCGCCCGCCACCACCGCAAGGAGAAACGCUUCGGCCCCAGCCCCAAGAACAACUACACCUCGGGCUCAGGCACCAAGCCCGGCUUCUUCAGCAGCUUCCGUCGCCGCGGCCGCGCCGACCCCGCGACUAACGACAAUGCGCUGCCCAUGCACACCAGCCCCGAUCAGGUCCGCCCCAGCUACGCCACCGAGACCACCGCGGUCGCCCAGGAUGUCGGCUACCCCAAAUACGAAGGCACCUACGGCAACACUACAACGGCGACUGGCGGUGCCAACGGCCAUGAGUACGGUCAUGAGACUGGAACCACGCAGCCGCCCCCUCGACACUACAACGAUGGUGUUUACGACAGAGUUUAG